AAGCUUCGGGUACCGCUUACAAGAACUCUUGGGCCCAGCGAUCUAUCUUAAGUCAGGGCUCCUGCCUCAAGGUCUCUUAUGUUCUUUUUCCUUCUUGGUGGGGCUCGCUGGGGAGAAUUCCCCUGAGGAUAGUGCUCGGAUGGCUGCUAGCCUUAACAUUCCAGCUGCUCUCCUGGAUUAUCUCCUGGCUGGGAGUGUUCACUCUCCUUCUACAAGCAUGGCGGGUUCUGGACAAUACAGACAGCUUAUAAAUGACUACGGACCCCCGUCUCUAGGCUAUAAUCAAGGAGUGCAGGGAACGAGUAGCAGCCAAGUACCGCAGAGCAAGUAUGCAGAACUUUUGGCCAUCAUUGAAGAAUUAGGGAAAGAAAUUAGGCCUACCUACGCCGGAAGUAAAAGUGCCAUGGAAAGGCUAAAACGAGGCAUCAUUCAUGCAAGAGGACUGGUCAGAGAGUGCCUGGCAGAAACCGAGCGAAAUGCAAGAUCCUAGCCCCUCUCGUGGAUGCAAGAUUUUCCCCCUUCCUGCCUUUCCUUCUUUCAGUUUUUGCAAGAGAGACACAGAUGACUUUGGAGACUGGAACCUUUCUGACAAAUCUCUUCAUUUGGCUGUUCUAUUUUCUCCCCCCGCCUGGCGUUACCCUUUUCAGGAAUGUGGGCUGGGAUCCAAAGAGCUUGUUCAGGACACACCCAAGGGCUUGCGUGCCCUACAGUGCAAAUUUUGGAUCCCCCUCUGCCAAUGCCUUUUAAGAAAUGAACAUCUCAGGGUGUGCGACAUUCCCCCGAUUUUCAAAAGCAGUUCACCGGGCAGCCGGGGGAGGCAUGCUUCUCUCUCAGAAAGGUCCAAAGGACCCCCGGUCAAAUGGAACACCUCUCGCUU